AAAAAAGGCCCAACUUAGGACCAGCCUUCGUCCCUUGCUUCAUCUGAAUCCCCCAUAAGAGUCCUUUUGCCUUUGCCUUUGCCCCAUUCGAUAUGUCGCGUCUCCAGGGAGAUUCGAAAAAAUGGAAUCGCGCUCUCCGAGCUAUCGCCGAAAGCCAGCCCAGCAGCGAUGACGACGAAAGUCCUGACAUUCUGGCAUCCACUCGUAAAGAGCUGGACUUGUCCCAAUACAUCCAAGAGCUCACGCAAUCGCAAUCACAAUCACAAAAUGAAAGUCCCCGGGCAUCCAGCCUUCGCCAUAUCCGGCAAUCCGACCAUGAAACCAACAACGAUACCGCGUCGGGAGAGGAAGAUGUAUUUGACUUCUUCGACGACGGCGACGAUGUCUAUGAACAGUUCAAAACCAGAGCCACCACCAAACGCAAGCGUGCGGCUGCCGAAACGAACCGGAUUCGUGCCAAGAAGAAGUCCCGCGCUGAAGCUGCGACCAGUGUAGUCGGUCGCAAGGUUCGCGUCAAAAAGCAGGAUACCCAUAGGCCCAUGGACGAGACCGACUCUGUGCUUGAAGGUUCGGACCAUAACGACACCUUUUUGGAUGAUCCGAUCCCAGAGUACAUUGAAAGUCGACGGAAAACAUUGAAAAGCCUACACGAAGCUGGGUUAAGAUACCCGCCUAAUCUGGACGACCUGGAAUUUUUUGAUUCGGAACCCGACUCUGAAAAACCCAUCCUCGAGGGACACAUCUCGCCGCAGCAACCUAAGCGCGACAUCAUCUUCAAGGACUCAAAAGGCGUUAUACCAGCCCCUAUCGCACAGUGGUUGCGGGAUUAUCAGGUUGAUGGGGCUUCGUUCCUACAUGAACGGUUUGUUAGACAAACCGGUGCAAUUCUUGGAGAUGACAUGGGCCUGGGGAAGACAAUUCAGGUCAUUGCUUUUCUGACUGCAGCAUUUGGAAAGAUUGGGAGGGCCCAAGAUUCUAAAUAUAUGCGUGCUAUACGUCGAUACGAUGAGGAACGUUGGUAUCCGUUAGUCCUUCUCGUCUGUCCUGGAACGUUGAUGAAGAAUUGGGAAAAUGAAUUGGACAAGUGGGGUUGGUGGCACAUCUCGAGAUUCCACGGCCCACCCGCCGACAGAGCGGCAGUCCUGAGCUCAGCCAAGAAGGGCUUUCUCGAGAUCGUUAUCACGACUUAUGACACAUACCGUAACAAUGAAGGUAACAUAAAUACAAUCAAUUGGGACUGUGUCAUUGCAGACGAAUGCCAUCAACUCCGGAAUAAAUCCUCCGCCAUCACGAAAGCAAUGAACAAAGUCAACGCACUCUGCCGCAUUGGUCUAACAGGAACCGCGAUCCAGAACAAGUAUGAAGAACUCUGGAACUUGCUUAAUUGGGCUCGACCGGGAGCCUACGGCUCGGCUCAAGAGUGGAAACAGAUGGUCAGUAUCCCGCUCAAAAUGGGCCAGGCUCAUGACGCGAGUCACAAGCAACUCGCGGAUGCAAGAAGCAAAGCAGACGAACUGGCCAACGACAUCCUGCCGAGCAUCUUCCUUCGACGCAUGAAAACUCUGAUUGCCGAUCAACUACCCAAAAAAAGUGAUCGGGUCAUCUUCUGUCAAAUGACGGACUUCCAAUCUGAAGCCUACCGUACAUUCAUUGACAGUGAGUGGUGCGAAUUCCUUCGCCUAGCUCGGGAGCCUUGCGACUGUGGUUCAGGCAAGAAACGAGGGUGGUGUCAUUAUCAGAAGAUCCCAGAUGAAGACGAGUACUGGCACAAGUUUGUUUUUCCUUGUAUAGUAACACUGCAAAAACUGGCAAAUCAUCUGGCACUCCUGAUCCCCUCUUCCAACGACACUAUUGACAAGCAAAACAAAGACCUUGCCGUUUUGCAAAUGGCUUGUCCUCAAGACUGGAGACAACUGGACAAGCUCCGCGAUAAGAUAAUGACUCCUUCUCAGCGCAGAUUCUGUGGCAAGUGGAAAGUUCUCAAGCGUUUGCUUGACUUCUGGCAUGCAAAUGGCGACAAAGUCCUUGUUUUCUCCCAUUCCAAGAAGCUGCUUCGACUGCUCAAAGCUCUGUUUGACAUGGAUGGUACUAAGUACAAUUUAACCUAUCUCGACGGUGAGAUGACAUAUGAGGAAAGAGCCAAUGCUGUUGCCGAUUUCAACGCGGACCCAAACCAAUUUGUUUUUCUCAUCUCCACAAAAGCCGGUGGCGUAGGUCUGAAUAUCACAUCAGCGAACAAAGUGGUGAUUGUAGAUCCACACUGGAAUCCUGCCUACGACUUGCAAGCGCAAGAUCGAGCGUAUCGCAUUGGUCAAACGCGCGAUGUCGAAGUCUUCCGUCUCGUAUCUGCUGGUACUAUCGAGGAAAUUGUAUACGCACGUCAGAUCUACAAACAGCAGCAAGCCAACAUCGGCUACAAUGCAUCCCACGAGCGGCGAUAUUUUAAAGGGGUAAUGGAUCUCGCUGGCAAGAAGGGCGAGUUAUUCGGCCUCGAGAAUUUAUUCACUUUCCAAGAGGAUAAUGUUCUACUUCGCGAGAUCAUGCAUCAAACAAACGUUGCAGAAACACGUGCCGGCGUGAGUGCAUUAGCAAUAAAUUUCGAAGACACACAAAUCAACUCUGAUGACGACGACGAGAUUUUGAGUAACCAAGCAUUAGGAAUCGCUGAGGAUGAUAUCAGCAUGACCUCGCAAAUGAACAAAUUGGCCAAGUCGUUCACUGCCGAGCAGCCAUCGAGCUUGAACAAGGGCGUCAAACGACGAAAGGAAAUCGACCCUGUUCACGCAAUUUUGGCAAAAGCGGGUGUCCAAUACACACACGAGAACAGUGAAGUCAUUGGCCGAUCAGAGAUUGAAACCAAACUUUCCAAGCAAGCGAUGGAGUUGCGCAAUGACACUGAGCUUUCGAAAAAACCUGUCUUCUUCUCUCAAUCGCAGUCCCAGUCUCAAUCCCAACGCCGCCUGCAGUUCGCUGAGGACGCCGAUUACAGUCCCGAAGCUUCUGGUGAGGACGAAGAUGUCAAAUUUCUUGGUGAGAGCGCUCGGGGUUCAAAGGAAUUCAAGAUUCACUACAAAUAUAGGCCGAGUGAAGAUGUGAGAAGGCGGCAGUUUAGCGAGAUGAGUAAGAUGUUUGGCAAUGGCGAUCCCGUUGAGUUCGCGCUCCUUGUAGAGGACAUGACGCAAGAAGAGAGGAGACGCAUGCUAGAGAAAUUCUAUCGACUACGGCGGAAGAAGAUGGGGAUCGAAUUUGAAACUGUAUAA